AUGUCAAUGGAAUUAGAUCCUGAUACAGUUUUAUUAACCGAUCCAAAUGUUGAUACUGCUUGGAAAACUUGUGUUCUACAAGGUGUUUAUUUUGGUGAGAGUACUUAUGAUGGUCAAUUAGGUGCAAGAAUUUCAUCAAUUUUUGUUAUUUUAAUAAUUUCAACUUUAUUCACAAUUUUCCCCUUAUUAUCUAAAACUUUUAAAAAGUUAAAAUUACCUUUAUCUUUUUAUACAUUUGCAAGAUAUUUUGGUUCUGGUGUUAUUAUUUCUACUGCUUUUAUUCAUUUAAUGGAUCCUGCUUAUUUACAAAUUGGUAUGUUAUCAUGUGUGGGUGGUACUGGUGAUUGGGGUGGAUAUCCUUGGUGUGCUGCAAUUAUUUUAGUUAGUGUUUUCACAAUUUUUUUAGUUGAUUUAUUCUCUGAAGUUAUUGUGGAACAAAAAUAUGGUCAAUCAAAUCAUCAUGUUUGUGAAAAAGAAAUUGUUGCUGCAAUUGUUAAAACUUCAUCAAAUGAUAAUAAUAAUAUUAUUGAACCUUCUAAAGAUGAUAUUGAAUAUAAUCAAAAAAUUUAUGAAUAUGAUGAAUCAAGUGUUUUGGUUGAAAGAAGUUUUAGAAGUCAAAUUGCUGCUUUCCUAGUCUUAGAAUUUGGUAUUAUUUUCCAUUCUGUUCUUAUUGGAUUAAAUUUAGGUGUUGUUUCUGAACAAUUCAAAACUUUUUAUAUUGUUGUUAUUUUCCAUCAAUCAUUUGAAGGUUUAGGUUUAGGUGCAAGAUUAUCUGCAAUUCCAUGGCCAAAAGAUCUUUCUUAUGGUUGGGCAUAUGCAAUGUGUAUUGCUUAUGGAUUAGUCACACCAUUAUCCACUGCAAUUGGUCUUGGUGUGCGUACAACUUAUUUACCAAAUUCUUAUAAUGCUUUAGUUGUUACUGGUGUUUUAGAUGCAAUUUCUGCAGGUAUUUUAAUUUAUACUGGAUUAGUGGAAUUAUUAGCAAGAGAUAUUUUAUUAGAUAAAGAAGCUAAAAGAAAUGUUAAGAAAUUAUUGUUUAAAAUUGGUAGUAUGAUGGUUGGUGCUGGUAUUAUGGCUGUCUUAGGUAAAUGGGUUUAA